CUCUCUCAAUAGCAUGAGAGAAUCGUGAGGGUACUGCUAAUAAGACAGUACCAUAUUUUUGAUACCGUACCCAUGGUGAAGACAGCUCGGGAUCUCAUCGAGACAGCUGAUCUACUCCUGCACCUCUCCCUUGCCCUCUACGUUUCUCUUCUCAAGUAACAGAGACUGACCGACCGACCGACCCCUUGCUUUCUACUCCACUCCACUCUCCAUUCCCUUCCACAAGACAGUACUUUCAUGCCUACUCUUCAACAUUACCACACUCAUUCAACAGCAUGUCAAGCAAGGAAGCAUUCUUAAUUAGUUCUGCUAGUCUUCGUUUUGCUCGCUUUAAGAAUCAUCUGCAUAAGGAGGUGCAAACGACACAAGGCAAGAACCAUGCAAGCUCAAACUCCGGAGCAGCAGCAGCAGAGUCUAUGGAUCAGGAGUUCUACCCACAGUCAGAGAGAUGCCACGUCAGAAGAAGAGAGGGAAGAUGAGGACGAGGCUUUUUCGUUUGGAUCAACUCUGUCUGCUUUCCGAGCCAAGGAAGAGCAGAUUGAGAGGAAGAAGAUGGAGAUACGGGAGAGGGUAUUUGCCCGACUGGGCAGAGUCGAGGAGGAGAGCAAAACGCUGGCAAUGAUCAGAAAAGAACUCGAAGCCGUGCUUGAUCCGACAAGGAAGGAAGUGCUAGCCAUGCGCAAAAAGAUCGACAUGGUGAAUCGCGAGCUGAAGCUUCUGAGCCAGAACUGCCUCAAGAAGGAGAAAGAAUACAUUCAAGCUCGCGAAGCAUUCGAUGACAAGAACAGGGAGAAGGCACUGCUCGUCAGCAGACUAAUGGAGGCGGUUAGCGAGAGUGAGAGAUUGAGGAUGAAGAAGCUCGAGGAGUUGAGCAAGACAAUGGACUCCAUUCGAUAAAUCUAAAUGUGUGUAUCAGAUGUUUUGUUUUAUUUUUUUCUAUUUCUCACGAAAAAGACGGCAAUUGAAAUGUUCAAGAAAUUCAAAAUGAGUUUUUUUUUCUCGUUUCAUUGGAUUGGUGUUGUUUUUGAGAUAUUUAUUGAAAUAAUUGCAUUGUGAUCAUUUAUCGAACAA